UGUGGCGGAGCGAGCGUUGCCCACAUGGGUUAGAAACUCUUCACAAGCGCAGGGUUUUACAGCGGGAAUAUGUAACUGUUGAACUUGUGGAAUAUGGCUCAGAUGUCGGCGGUAAAAACUCCACUGCGGAGAUCCUUCAGCGAGCAUGUCAAAGAUUCCACCAAUAAGGCUUGGGAUGUCUUCUGGAAGAGUGUGAGGGAGAGGCGGCUGUCGGAGAUUGAAGCCAAGGAGGCCUGUGAUUGGCUGCAAGCGGCCGGCUUCCCUCAGUAUGUGCAAUUAUUCAAAGACUGCAGGUUCCCAAUUGACAUUGAGUGGGCGAAGCGUGAUCAUCACUUCCUGGAUAAGGAUGCCCUGGAUUCUCUCUGCAGGAGAUUAAGCACGUUAAACAAAUGUGUGGAAAUGAGGCUGGAGCCGCGGAGAUCAAAACGCAGGGGAGAUGAUGGUGACGAAGAAGACUUCUGUGCCAUCAGCCCCAGCUGGACCUACGACAGGCGGACACGUCGAUGGCGACGCCUUGACUCCACAAUGGACGUCCUUCGCUUGUCUGACAGCCCCACCACACCCCAUAAUGUGUCUCUGGGUGAUGUCAGCGACAGCCAUGAUGUCUGCUCCAUCCACAGCUCCAGCAGCACUGAAAGUGAAGGCCACAACAGACACCACAAGAGUCACAGAGAGGCAGCCACCGUCACAACCACCUCCCCCAGCACCACAGACGACCAGGAGACCAGCAGGAGCUCCUCCCGCUGCUCCUCCACGAACAAGACGCCUUCUCUGGACCCUCCGUUCAGUGGACCACCUUCCCCUGGUGGAAGUGGUGGAGGAUCAUCCACCAUGAGCCUGGAGGCCGAAGGCAGCUUCCCAGACAAACCGCCCAGGAAGAAGGGCACCAGUCUGCUGAGGAAGAUGGAGAAACUGAGGCUGAGGGGAACGACUGGCUUCCUCCCUUCUGCGCACAGUGGUGGUGACAGCGGGAGUCGGACCCGGCAUGCUACCAGUGGGCCUCUCCAGGUCCAGGAGGAGGAGAGGAUGGAGAGGCUGCACGGCCCAUCAAGCCUGCAGGGGCGACCCAACAGCCGUGCAUCUUCCUCGCCCUCGUCUCCUCACACCAUCAGCAGCAGUAGCAGUAACAGCCACUCAGAGAGCAGCAGCACUGUUAGCACGCCCAGCCCGGUCACCAGGGUCAGGAGUAACUGCAAGCGCUCCAACAGCGGUGUCGGGGUCGGUGGUGGAAUGACCCGGAACAACCAAAACCACACAGGAACAGAGGACUACAGGAACCAGAUCAACAACAACAACAGCAGCCACGAGAGUCUGGUCUUCCAGAUCCCCGACGGACACAAACCAGGGACCUUCCCCACCUCUCUCGCACACAAACACCCCAUCCUGUCCCCCAUCAUCGACAACACCUCAGUCAACUGGAGGACCGGGAGCUUCCACGGUUACCGAGGGCGACUCAGUUGCCGCCAUGGCACGUCGUCACUGGCCACUGGUGACCAGGAUCCCUCAUCUUCUUCUUCCCGCGAUGGGGGAGUCCGCAGUCCGCUUGCUGUGCUGGAUCAUCGACUGAGUAUCUACGACAACGUGCCCGACGACCAGCAGCUGUCUGAAAGUGAAGGUGGCAGUGGUGGAAGUGGCAGCGAUGCAGAACGGAUGGCUGAGGAGUCAGAGGUGAGUCGAUUGUUGGCAGGUGAGGAUGUUUUCUCGGCUCUGGACAGUGUUUUGGAGAGGAUCAGCGACCUCCAACAGCUUGUCACCACCUGGUCUGAAACUCUAUCCGAAGACGACUGUCGGACAGGUUCCUCCUCCUCUUCUUCGUCGUCCACCUCCACGUCUUCCUCUACUUCCUCCCAGGACUCACCUGCCCAUGGCUCCUCAGCCGCCUCCCCUUGCCCGUCUUCCCCCAGCCACAUUCACCUGGAGGUGCAGCAUCCAGAGGAGGAGGAGGAGGAGGAGGAGGAAGAAGAGGAGGUGGAGGUAAAGAGCCAAGAGGAGAUACCCGUAAACGGAGAGGAGCCAAAGACUGGAUCACCGCAACCAAGGAGCAGCAGAGUGAGCCAGCAGCUGCAGUGGUCCAGCGAGCAGAGUCUGCCCUCACUGCCCUCCAGUCCAGGAGUGGAGAACCAGUCUGUGUCCCAGUUCCUCCUGCUGCAGAAACUCUCCCUGCUCAAACUCACCGCUCUGAUGGACAAAUACUCUCCGUCCAGUAAGCAGGGCUGGAACUGGACUGUUCCUAAACCUCUGAGGAAGACCAAGGUGGCGGAGAUGAAAGGCCGGCGGGUAUUUGGAGUUCCUCUGCUCCUUAGUGUCCAGCAGACAGGAGAGCCACUUCCGCCCAGCAUCCUCAGAGCACUGGUCUACCUGAGGACAGAGUGUUUGGACCAGGUGGGUCUCUUCCGGAAAUCAGGGGUGAAAUCUCGCAUCCAGUACCUCCGCGAGAUGGUGGAGUCUGACCCAGACGGCGUUUCGUAUGACAGUCAGUCUGCAUACGACGUGGCCGACAUGGUGAAGCAGUACUUCAGAGACCUGCCGGAGCCCAUCUUCACCAGCAAACUCUGCGAGUCCUUCCUCCACAUUUACCAAUAUUUUCCCAAGGAUCAGCAACUGGUUGCAGCUCAGGCGGCCAUCUUGUUGCUUCCUGACGAGAACAGGAUGGCGCUGCAAACACUGCUGUUCUUCCUGCGGGACGUGGUGGCCUGCGUGGACGAGAACCAAAUGACUCCAACCAACAUUGCAGUCUGCCUGGCGCCGUCGCUUUUCCACCUCAACACCCUGAAGAGAGAUGCCAACGCAACCAGGUCCAGUCAUAGGAAGUACAGCCUGGGUCGCCCAGACCAGCGGGACCUGAGUGAGAACCUGGCUGCCACCCAGGGCCUGGCCAACAUGAUCACCGAGGCCCAGAGACUCUUCCAGCUUCCAGAGUUUUGGCCCGGUCAGCAUUUGAGUGCAGCAGGCCCCACUGAAGACUCCCUGUCUGAGGAGGGAGGAGGCCCGGCAUCCUCCAGUCAGAAUGGAGGUGAGGAGGAGUUGGAGGAGAGAAGGAGGAAGCUGCAGCUGAGCACCCAGCACCUCCUGAAGGAGGCCAGAGAAAAGAGCCGAGGCUGGGAGAGCCACUCAGCUCCAGAGCAUGUGGAGCUGGCCUACAAGAAGAUGGACGAUGGUUGCCCACUGUGGAUGUGGCGCGGCUCUGUGGAAGUCGACGCCCCCCAGACGGAGCUGCUCCAACGGCUGCUGAGGGAGCAGGAGCUGUGGGAAAGAAAUCUGCACAAGGCCGCUGUCAUCCAGACCUUGUCCAAGGACACUGAAGUCUACCACUAUCUCCUCCAGGGCCCGGGCUGCUGGCCCCCACAGGAGCAUCUGCUGCUCAGGAUCUGGCAGGCAGACCCAUCCUCCGGCCCUCUGUACCUGUCCUCUGUAUCCACUGAGCAUCCUAAAGUGCUGUUGGAGGGGAUUAGGGCCCACGUCCACUCCUGUCUCUUCCUGCUGGAGCCCACAGGAGCCAGGAAGACCCGACUGACACACCUCUGUCGAACAGAUACCAGGGGCCGGUCUCAGGAGUGGCACAGCAAAGUGAGCGGACAUCUUCUGGCCUCCAGUCUCCUGGCGAUCAGGGACUCCUUUAAAGAAAUACACAAGGAGACCAAAGUAUGAGUCAUUGCAGGAAUGGAAGCUGAGGAUGAUUUACAUAUGUUGCACUACUGUGGAUUACUCACCCCCAACUUGUAGUCUGGUUAAAGUGCACCCCUAUCCGACGUCAUGGCAGAAGGCUGGAAAAGAGGAGACUACAGCAUCAUUUUCACAGGACUUUCUCAAAGUUUUAAAAAGUGAAACUCGUGGCCCAGAGCACAGCAAGCAGGGAAGGUGACCUCAGAGGGCUUCCCUGAGCCAUUUGUGUUCUCUUUGGCUCCUUUUCGAGUUGCUGUAUGUGCUCGCCUCUUUUUUCCAGUGACCUUGCAGAUUGCCAGCAGCACCCCUGCACACCCUGCUGCGUCUGUUACGCUUCACACUCAAGUUCACAAAAAAUGCAAACCAUGGCGAGCUUUGACAAAGGAUGUUUUGAUGGGAGAAUGGAAAGCUGAGGGCUGAUUUGACUUCUAACUGAGGGAAAAGGGCCAGACGGAGCAAGUGGACAGUGAUGAGAAUUUUUUUCUUUAUCAGGAACUGAUUGUUUAAUUUGCUCAAUGUUUUUUUAACCUAAAACGUGUUAUCAAGGAAACCGAGUCAUCGUCCUCCAUCAGAUUGUUUCCUGUAGCCAGAGAGAGAAGCAGGGGAAACACAUGGCAGCUGCCUGGAUGAACAUCAGGAAAUAAGGACAGAAAACAUCAGGAAACAGACUUUUAGCCACCAGACAUUUGGCUUCAGUGGAAAGGACAGAAGGGAAGAGGAGAGAGUGGAUGCCAAGAAGGCAGGAGGAUGACAGCAUCUCUACUAACCCUAUAAGCAGGAACAAAGCAACGUCACAAAGACAUACAGCUGCCCUGAAAACCUGAAAAAUGGUGCGGCUACUCGAUGAUGAGACGUUGUCUGGAGUCAUGACGACAGCUUCUGGCGAGACAAUAGCUCACAAACAAAACCUACACUCUGAGACAGUCGUCUAUGCACCAAAGCCAGAUGAACUGAACUGAACUUUUGAAGCGAGAUGAAAUCCUACAGAGACAUUUCCUUUACAAAUCAGAUGUUUCCUUUGAAAUAACAGCUGUGACGAGGAAUUAGCACAACGGCACCAACUGUCACCGUCAGCGGAGCGUGUCUUUGUCCCAUUUGAGUAACUGCUCUUACUUUUUAAAUCACCCCUGUGACUUUGAGCCGCUGUGUAACAGGACACACAGUUCAAACACGAGCGAUAUCUACCUCUCCACAGGACGACGCCACAGUUACGUGACUUUGAAGCAUGACAAAGUUGUGCAUUGACGGAGGCCUUUUGUGUUGUGCUUCACGGCACUGUGACAGAUAUCCAACCAGACAACUCCCUCCCCAUACUUCCUGAAUUUUUUAACAAGUGUAUUUAUUCUUGUCUGUCAAGAGCGUGAUGUCCACGUGUCUCUGUGCUUGUACAAUCUUAUUUCAUGUGGCACACGCGUGUUCACUUUCUAAGUCGAUUGUGUCCUACAUAUUUCAAAGUGUGACUGUUGUGAAUUCGGGCAGGCGUGUGCAUGGAAGUGUGUGUAAAGUCAUUUUUAUUCACACGCCAUAUUUCAGAUUAUUUAACUUAAUGUAUAUCUAAAAAACAAAUCUUAUAUCUAAAUACAAAUCUCUUAUUUAAUUUAGAGCUUUUGGAAAAUGUUAUCUUGUUUGUGUGGGUGUGAAAUCUAAAUUUAUCAGUGCCAAACACCUAAUUAAAAUGUUUAUUUCUCUCCGAA